AAGAGGGAAAAGGUAGCGCUGGGGCACACAACAAAGCCCCCGACUGGCUAACGCAUAUAGAGUGCACAGAUCCGGAGAGGCAGUCCACUUCCAGGGAUGACAACACGGCAGAGGAUCUACUUUCACUCCACUCUGUCUUUAAACUGAAAGUUUUGCGCGUCGCUGUGGAAAAAGGGGACAUCUGCUUUCAAGUUUUCGCCAAAUCAAAGCGUUCGCCUGCAAAAUGCAGAGACCAGGCGGCCAGGGGACGGCGUUUUCUAUCGACUCCCUCAUAGGAACCCCUCAGCCCAGACCGGGACACCUGCUCUACACGGGCUACCCCAUGUUCAUGCCGUACAGACCUUUGGUUAUCCCACAAGCUUUAUCCCACUCCCCUUUAUCGUCUGGUAUACCUCCACUGGCGCCGUUGGCCUCUUUCGCGGGACGCCUCACCAACACGUUCUGUGCCAGUUUGGGACAGGGGGUGCCGUCCAUGGUCGCGCUCACCACGACCAUGCCAAGUUUCUCGGAUCCGCCGGACAGUUUCUACCCGCCACAAGAGCUGCCUGGUCCCCGUUUAAGCGCCGCUGACCCGGGAGCGAGACGGCAGGAGAGUCCGCACUCCGAGGAGCUGCACAGCCGGGACAAGGGCUCUGAACUACUGAACUUCUCGGAAACUUUUCAAACAAUAUCAGGUGAAACCAAACUCUACAGUUCAGACGACGAGAAGCUGGACCUAAAAUCCGCAGACACGGUGUGCAGCGACCGGGAGGACAGCUCGGCAGACAGCGAGAACGAAAGUUUCUCGGACGGAAACAACUGUGGUCCUCUGUCCCAGAAGAGCAAACUAAAAACCGGCUCGCAGGAGGCGCUACCGACCGGCAGCUCAGCAGGGAAGAGCCGGAGGAGACGAACAGCUUUUACCAGCGAGCAGCUGCUCGAACUUGAAAAGGAGUUUCACUGUAAAAAAUACCUUUCUCUGACUGAACGCUCCCAGAUUGCACAUGCACUUAAACUGAGCGAGGUGCAGGUGAAGAUCUGGUUUCAGAACCGCAGGGCCAAAUGGAAACGGAUCAAGGCCGGCAACGUCAACAACCGGUCAGGAGAACCGGUGAGAAACCCCAAAAUUGUGGUGCCCAUCCCAGUGCACGUCAACAGGUUCGCAGUGAGGAGUCAGCAUCAACAAAUAGAGCAGGGGACCAGGCCAUGAACUCAGAAGAACAUCACAAAAAAUACGAAUAAUAGAAACACUUACAUUGACUCUAUGUUCCACUGAUUUGUUGAACGCAUGAAGCACAAAAAGGAGGAUUCAAAUGAUUUUGUCUGAGAGGUGAGACUGAGCAGAGGAGGAUUCGCUCACAGACAGACCGAUUAUUUUGCUGUCAUUUUUAUUUAUUGUUCUGUGAAUAUGUAAAUAUAAAUGGGUUAAAAAAAAGAAAAGAAAAAAAAAACAAAACAACUGGUACAAAUGGGCACUAUGAGAUGCGACUGUAAAGAUUUCUUUUUUUUUUUUAAGUAUUUAUAUGUAGGGCCAAAAUGUUCUGUUGGUUAUGUGCAUGUCCUCAUUUGGUGAAGCUAUUCUGGAUUUUUCGUUUUUGUGUUUCGUACAAUUUGUUAAACCACAUUUGCAUGUAACUUAAGACGUUUUACAUUUCGUUUGGCAAGUGUAGGAACCACCUUUGACAGCUAUUUGUGGAAAAGAAAAAUAAAAAAAGAUGUGAAGGAAAUAACGACCAAACAAGGGACACCUGUAAAGUAUAUUGACCUAAUAAAUCGCUUUAUACGAAAGUUGGAA